AGUCAGCGAGGUGUUCUCUCAUUUGUGUCUGGAAGUAGCAAGCAAACCUCGCCAACGUUAGCCAGUUGGCUUGGGUGAUUGACUGCGGUUGAGGUCAGAACGAUCUUAUCAACCCUACUCCUAGCUUGCUAGCUACUCCCAGAUAAAUGAGAGAACACUUCACUCUGACCAUUUUACUCGCCCUAGCAGUGCUGGUUGGGCUGGUUUCGUGUUAUCCAGAGCGUUGGCGACUAACUGCGCAGCUGGCAACAUUUCUAUUAUGCGUUUUACUGACACCAGCCAUAACCAACUGGUUGGUGUUGAGCGUCCGUAAAUUGCAUCACUUAGUUUGUAAACUCUCUGGCUGAGGAGUAGGGUUGAUCAGACGUUCUGACCUCACAACGGCAGUCAAGCACCCAAGCUAACAGGCCAAAGUGGUUAGAGCGUUGGGCCGAAAUCAAACUUUAUUUGCAACACACGAAUACGACAAGUGUAGACUUUACCUUGAAAUGCUUACUUACGAGACCUUAACAGUGCAGUUCAAGAAGAAGAAAAUAUUGACUAAGUCGGCUAAAAUAAAAACAAGAAUAAUAAAAAGUAACACAAUAAGAAUAACGAUACUAUAUACAGGGGACACCGGUACCGUCUGUACAUGUAGGUGGGGGUGAAGUGGCUCAUCAUAUGUAAGAACCAAACAGUGAGUAGCAGCAGUGUACAAAAGGGGGAGGGUCGUCAAUGUAAUUUGUCCGGUGGCGAUUUUAUGAAUUGUUCAGCAGUCUUAUGGCUUGGGGGUAGAAGCUGUUGAGAAGACUUUUGGUUCUAGACUUGGCGCUCCGGUACCGCUUGCCGUGCGGUAGAAGAGAGAACUGUCUAUGACUGGAGUCUCUGACAAUUUUAUGGGUUUUCCUUUGACAGUUUUAUGGUGAGACAGCGUAGCCUAGUGGUUAGAGUGUUGGACUAGUAACCGAAAGGUUGCAAGAUUGAAUCCCCGAGCUGACACGAUACAAAUUUGUCGUCAGGGGCAGUCAUUGAUUAUAAGAAUUUGUUCUUAACCGACUUGCCUGGUAAAAUAAAAACAUAUAUAGGUCCUGGAUGGCAGGAAGCUUGGCCCCAGUGAUGUACUGGGUGGUUCAGAGGAAAGCCCAUAAAACUAUUCGCCGAGCAGUUGCAAUACCAGGCGGUGACAUAACCGGUCAGGAUGUUCUUGAUGUAGAAAUCUUUGAGGAUCUGGGACCCAUGCCAAAUCUUUUCAGUCUCCUGAGGGGGGAAAAGGUUUUGUCGUGCCCUCUUUAUGACUGUCUUGGUAUGUUUGGACUAGAGGUCGACCGAUUAAUCGGAAUGGCCGAUUUAAUUAUGGGCCGAUUUCAAGUUUUCAUAACAAUCUGUAUUUUUGAGAGCCGAUUUGCCAAUUUUUUAAAAAUGUAUAUAUUUAUUUAUACCUUUAUUUAACAAGGCAAGUCAGUAAAGAAUACAUUCUUAUUUUCAAUGACGGCCUAGGAACGGUGGGCUAACUGCCUCGUUCAGGGGCAGAAUGACAGAUUUUCACCUUGUCAGCUCGGGGAACCAAUCUUGCAACCUUACAUUUAACUAGUCCAACGCAAUAACGACCUGCCUCUCUUGUUGCACUCCACAAGGAGACUGCCUGUUACGCGAAUGCAGUAAGCCAAGGUAAGUUGCUAGCUAGCAUUAAACUUAUCUUAUAAAAAAACAAUCAAUCAUAAUCACUAGUUAACUACACAUGGUUGAUGAUCUUAUCUAGCGUGUCCUGCAUUGCAUAUAAUCUGACUGAGCAUACAAGUAUCUAAGUAUCUGACUGAGCGGUGGUAUGCAGAAGCAGGCGCGUAAACAUUAACUCAAACAGCACUUUCGUGCAUUUUGCCAGCAGCUCUUCGUUGUGCGUCAAGCAUUGCGCUGUUUAUGACUUCAAACCUAUCAACUCCUGAGAUGAGGCUGGUGUAACCGAAGUGAAAUGGCUAGCUAGUUAGCGCGCGCUAAUAGCGUUUCAAACGUCACUCGCUCUGAGCCUUCUGGUAGUUGUCCCCCUUGCUCUACAUGGGUAAUGCUGCUUCGAUGGUGGCUGUUGUCGUUGUGUUGCUGGUUCGAGCCCAGGGUGGAGCGAGGAGAGGGACGGAAGCUAUACUGUUACACUGGCAAUACUAAAGUGCCUAUAAGAACAUCCAAUAGUCAAAGCUUAAUGAAAUACAAAUGGUAUAGAGGGAAAUAGUCCUAUAAUAACUACAACCUAAAACUUCUUACCUGGGAAUAUUGAAGACUCAUGUUAAAAGGAACCACCAGUUUUCAUAUGUUCUCAUGUUCUGAGCAAGGAACUGAAACGUUAGCUUUCUUACGUAGCACAUAUUGCACUUUUACUUUCUUUUCCAACACUGUUUUUGCAUUAUUUAAACCAAAUUGAACAUGUUUUAUUAUUUACUUGAGGCUAAAUUGAUUUUAUUAUAUUAAGUUAAAAUAAAUGUUCAUUCAGUAUUGUUGUAAUUGCCAUUAUUACAAAUACAUUUAAAAAAAUUGUCCGAUCAAUCGGUAUUGGCUUAGUUGGUUCUCCAAUAAUUUCAAGUCCUGCCACAUCUGACGAGCGCCAGAGCCGGUGUAGUAGGAUUCAAUUUUAAUCCUGUAUUGACGCUUUUCUUGAUUGAUGGUAUGUCUGAGGGCAUAGUGGGAUUUCUUAUAAGUGUCCGGAUUAGUCUCCCACUAGAGCGGCUGCUCUAGCAUUUAGCUCGAUGCGGAUGCUGCAUGUAAUCCAUGGCUUCUGGUUAGAAUAUGUACGUACAGUCACUGGGGACGACGUCAUCGAUGCACUUAUUGAUGAAGCCGAUGACUGAGGAGGUGUGUUCCGCAAUGCCAUUGGAUGAAUCCCGCAACACAUUCCAGUCUGUGCUAGCAAAACAGUCCUGUAGUGUAGCACCCACGUCAUCUGACCACUUCCGUAUUGAGCGGGUUACUGGUACUUCCUGCUUUAGUUUAUGCUUGUAAGCAGGAAUCAUAAGGAUAGAAUUAUGGUCAGAUUUGCCAAAUGGAGGUCGGGGAAGAGCUUUCUAUGCAUCUCUGUGUGUGGAGUAAAGGUGGUCUAGGAUCCCACUGGUUACACCAAAUUUGGUAAAACGGAUUUAAGUUUGCCUGCAUUUAAGUCCCCGGCCACUAGGAGCGCCGCUUCUUGGUGAGCAUUUUCUUCUUUGCUUAUGUCCUUAUACAGUUGGUUGAGAGCGGUCUUAGUGCCAGCUUCGUUUUGUGGUGGUAAAUAGACGGCUACGAAUAAUACAGAUGAGAACUCUCUUGGUAGAUAAUGUGGUCUGCAGCUUAUCAUAAGGUACUCUACCUCAGGCGAGCAAUACCUCGAGACUUCUUUAAUAUUAGACAUCGCGCACCAGCUGUUAUUGACAAAAAGACACACACCCCCACCCUGCGUCUUACCAGCAGCAGCGUCUCUGUUUUGCCGGUGCAUGGAAAAUCCUGCUAGCUCUGUUGUCCGUAUCUUCGUUCAGCCACGUCUCGGUGAAACAUAAGAUGUUACAGUUUUUAAUGUCCCGUUGGUAGGAUAAUCUUAAUAGUAGGUAAUCCAUUUAAUUUCCCAAUGAUUGCACAUUAACAAGAAGCAUGGAAGGCAUUGGGAGUUUACGCGCUCGCCUCCGGAUUCUCAGAAGGAUCCCCGAUCUGCGUCCCUUUUCCGGCGUCUUCAUGCAAAAAGUGUGGAUCUGGGCCUGUUCCAAUGAAAGCAGGAUAUCCUUCUCAUCGUACCCGUUAGCCUCUAGUGACACCCCAUCCCGUCUAUUUACCACCACAAAACGAAGUUGUCAUGAUCUGACACUAAUUAGCAUAACGCAACGGACAUAAAUAUUCCUAUUCAUGAAAAUCCCAAGUGAUAUAUGUUGAGACACAGCUUAGUCCUUUGUUAAUCACCCUGUCAUCUCAGAUUUUCAAAAUAUGCUUUACAGCCAAAGCUAGACAAGCAUUUGUGUAAGUUUAUCGAUAGCCUAGCAUAGCAUUUUGUCCAGCUAGCAGCAGGUAACUUGGUCACGGAAAUCAGAAAAGCAAUCAAAUGAAAUCGUUUACCCUUGAUGAGCUUCGGAAGUUUUCACUCACGAGACUCCCAGUUAGAUAGCAAAUGUUCCUUUAUUCCAAAAAUAUUAUUUUUGUAGGCGAAAUAGCUCCGUUUGUUCUUCACGCUUGGCUGAGACAUCGCCCGGAAAUUAGUCACGAAAACGGUGAAAAAUAUUCCAAAUUAGCUCCGUAAUAUCGACAAACAUGGCAAACGUUGUUUAUAAUCAAUCCUCAAGGUGUUUUUCAAAUAGCUAUUCGAUAAUAUAUCCAUCGGGACAAUUCGUUUUUCAGUAGGAUCGAUUGGAGUAAUGGCUACCUCUGUAUUUUACGCGAGCAUCAGGUGACCACUUGCGCAAUGUAGCCGCCUACGGGUAUUCUUCAACAUAAAUGCGUAAAACUACGUCACAAUGCUGUAGAGAAAGAGUAAUCUGGUUGAUAGCCCAUUCACUGCUCAAUAGGGACACAUUGGUACGCAGCGCUUUCAAAAUAUGAGGCCCUUCCGGAUUGGAUUUUUCUCAGGCUUUCGCCUGCAACAUCAGUUCUGUUAUACUCAUAGACAAUAUUUUUACAGUUUUGGAAACUUUAGUGUUUUCUAUCCCAAGCUGUCAAUUAUAUGCAUAUUCUAGCAUCUUGUCCUGACAAAAUAUCCCGUUUACUACGGGAAUGUUUUUUUUUUUUUUCAAAAAUGAAAAUACUGCCCCCUAGUCACAAAAGGUUAAAGGAAAAAGUUUCUUCCAGUCCACGGUGAGUACUCGCUUUUCUGACGUCCAGAAGUUAUUUUCGGUCAUAAGAGACAGUAGCAGCAACAUUAUGUAGACAAUACUUAAAAAAUAAGUUACACAAAACUAAAAAAAGGAAUAACAAAAUAGCACAAUUGGUUGGGAGAAUGUGAAACGUCAGCCAUGUUCUUCGGCGUCAUUUUUCCAUUUUUGGGAAAGGUUGCUGGAUCGAAUCCCCGAGCUGACAAGGUAAAAAUAUGUUGUUCUGCCCCUGAGCAAGGCAGUUAACCCACUGUUCCUCGGGCACCGAAGACGUUGAUGUCCAUUUAAGGCAUCCCCCCAGCACCUCUCUGAUUGAGGUUAAAUGCAGAAGACACAUUUCAGCUGAAGAAUAGGCCUAGUCUUAGGGAUGCCGAAGAAGUUCCAGGGUGAGAACUCCAAGGCAGUCACUGCCAAGGCCCGCAAGGCAGAGGCCAAAGCAGUGGAAGACGCCCGCAAGAAGAAGGAGCUGGAGGAUGCACUAUGGCAGGAGAACGACAAACAUGUCCUGAAGAAAGAACAGAGGAAGGAUGACAAGGAGAAAAAGCGCCUUGAGGCCCUGGAGCGAAAGAAGGAGAACCAGCGGCUCUUAGAUGAGGAGGCUGCAAAGAUUAAGGGCAAGGCCAAGGAGGCUGCUGCUGCUGCUGUGGUGGCAGGCAAAGUAACUCGGGCCCAGAUUGAGGAGAUGCUGAAUGUCGAGCAGCAGCUACAACAGCAGGAGCAACCCAAAGAGAAAGAGAAGAGCCACCUGGAGACGCCCCUGGAAGAGAACGUGAAUCGCGUCAUUCCUGAGGAAGGUGUUGUGGAGGCUAGAACCAUAGAGGAUGCCAUUGCCAUGCUCAGCACGGCUGAAGAGCUCGACCGCCACCCAGAGCGCAGGGUGAAGGCAGCGUUCGCCGCGUUCGAGGAUCUGAACAUGCCCCUUCUUAAAAAAGAGAAUCCCAACAUGCGACUGUCGCAGCUCAAGCAACAGCUGAAAAAGGAGUGGAUGAAGUCGCCAGAGAACCCCCUGAACCAGCGCUUUGCCAACUACAACACAAAGUGAACCAACUCCAGCAGCAGCUAAAAAAAAAACUGUUUACCUAUGCACAUUGGACCUUACGAUGGAAGAUGCCCCCAACCUAUAAUUAUUCCCCCAUUUAUGAAUGUGUUGCUGGAAAAGCUGCAUUCAUUCCCUAGGAAGGACCUCCGAUGCAAGGAAUCACCUUGGGACUUCCGUUUGUUUCGUUCCGAUUUGCCAAGGAAAAGCAAACUCCCAACCAAUGUUCCUGAUGAUUUUAUUUUACUGUGCAUGUCCACUUGUGAAGAAUCUCGGCAGUUUAUGGAUUUUAUUCCCACUGUCAGUUUUUGGCACUUAUGUUGAAAAGGGAUUCAAGUAAUUUAUUUCAGUUCACAAUACACUAACAUAUCUAAUUCUUUCUGAGAAUGAGACUACAGGUAUGUGAUCUGCACUCUUGCCUAUCGUAAUCGCCUCCAUUAACCCCCCGAUGAUGAUAAUAAUAACCCACGUAAGAAAAUAUCAUGACCAGAGCCAGUUGUUGACUUGUUAUGAAUUGCCAUUUUGGGCACCAUUGGAAAUGAUCACCCCUUUUCCUAUGAUAAAGUGUAUUGUGGCACCUGUUCCCCAUCCUAACAAGGCCUUAUGAGGUGCACCCACUCAAUACAUCAAUACUGUUGUUGCUAAUCCUGGUAUCAUGCAAUAUUAGGUCUGAAUCCUGCAUCUGCUUUCAGGUUACAUUGAAUUGUAUGGAGAUUGUUAUUGCUUUUUUGUAAGUGAAAUUUGAAAAGACUACAAAAAAAUACUUCAAAUCUCAAAUUAAUGUAAAUCUAAAUAUACCCCCCCCCCACUGUAAUGCGGGUUUACGUACCAUUUUCUCACCUUCAUGUUUGAGCGUUUAUGUAGAAAGGCCGUAUCAUUUAUUGAAAGCAUACAGCUCACCACAUCUCUUGUCAGUCGUGUUUUAGGAGCUGCAGCUCAGAAGUGUCUCCUAACGCCCACCACUUCUGUUUAAACAGCACAAUCAUUUAGGGUUUUUCAAAUUCACUGCAUUUUGAUCUACAUUCAUUUCACCAUUUAAAUAGACUUUCAGCCGUGUGCAUAUGCCUUACAUUAGUGCUCGUUUUCAGCCAGGUUUCCGUCUGAAGAGGAUACUGAAAGUGUUUAGCUGUGUUCUGGUUCCCUGUCCUUCUCCCAAAGUGCAGACAGGCAUUUACUGCACUGCUGGAGCUAGAAACAAGUAAUCUGUACGCGACUAAACUCUGAUUUGAAGUGCACACAUGUUCACUCCCUUUCAUAGAUUUAAAAUGAAUACUUGCACAAAUCCAGUGCUUUUAAACACAAUGGAGUCAACAAGUGCACACUUACAGUAAAAAGGAAGGGAAUUGGAAUGCAUCCAUGUGACAUCUUUUGUUCCCAGUGGUUCCUGAAUUUGACUCUCAUGCUAUGCCACUGGAUGACACUCAGCAGACUACACUCACAUCCUCAUCCAUUUAGUUAAUUUCUGAUCUAUAAGAUAUCUUAUCAAUUUUAUAUUUAUAAAGGUGGAAUCGGCAGUUGGCAUUUAUACAAGAAUACAGUAUUGUUGUAGCCAUGCCUUUUACUCUGCUACAAUACUGUUAUAGAUGCCAAUACCAGACAGGUGUAAGAAGUUACUGUGGAAUAUAUAUAUAUAUAUAUAUAUGUCAAAACCCUCUUAUCCAAGUAAAUCUGCAUAGGUAGUGUUUCUUUUUAGUUCAAAUGAAAGUUGUAACUGAGAGGACGACCAAUAAAUCUCAUUACCAUAUUUGCUGUUAAA